CUCUGAGAACGUGAAAAUACGGUUGCCUUCGGUGCCUCUGUCCGCGAACCUACGACAAGUAGAAGCCAUUGAAAUGCGUGUGAACGUAAAACCCGACCAAAUAUUCAUGGCUUGAGAGUUUUUGCUGUAAGUGGGAAGCAACGCCAGCAACGGGAGUGUGGGAGAAUUAAGAUAGUAACGAAAAGCGCCGUCAUGAUUACUAUAAAAUUGCUAUAAUAACCUCAGUGAAAAAAGAGAGGAAAUGCUACAUUAGUAUACUAUAUGUAUGUGUAAAAGAAAACACAAGUAAAAGUGAGCCCAAAAGCUUAAUAUUAAUUAAUUCAAAGAAAAUUCCCAUUGAAUUGGGUGAAUUUCUGAAUUUUAAAAUCUAAAAAUCUAAAAUCGCCCAAGCAAAAAAGUCUAACCUUGAAAACGAUUAUAAAUAUGUUAAAAAAAAACACAAAUAUAUUCUGAAAAUGUAACGCGAAAGUAAUUCUGAUUCGGAGUGAAGAAACUCAAGUGAUAACGCACAAACAACGUAAAGAAUUUAAAAUAAAGAAACAAAUAAAUACACUUUUCUUAUAAGUGUUAAAUAUUUACUUAAUAUCGAAAGAGGCUUUAAUAUCUCAACUUAACAGCGUGCGGCCAUUUUCUCUAUUCUUGUUAUACUGCAUUGGUCAAACUGGCUCUACAGUUUUAAAUCAUGGCUCAGAGAAUUUUAAAAAAUCGUGUCUUUAACACGAAGCGGAAACCGUCGAAAGCUGAUCCAUCCCUAAUCAAAUUGGGAUUUACAGCGUUAUUAUAUUUGGCGCUUAUUCAUCAAACCAGUGCUCAGAUAGAUCAAAUUAUUAGUGAACAAGAAAGCAAGUCAGUUGUCUUACAAUGUCCCGUUAAUGAAGACAAAUGUGGUAAACUUCAUUCACUAAAUUGGUUUAAGGGCGAUGAUCGCAUUGCUGCAAUGCUUCUGGGAGAAAAUAAUGCGACAAGUGUUAAUAAAGAUUUUGAAGAAAGGGUGACUGUCGAUACAAGUCCAUACAGACUAGUUAUUAAAGACUUGAAAAUAAGUGAUGAAGGUACUUAUCUAUGUGAUACGACAUUCUUCAUACCAGAAGAAACAUGUGAUAACUUCAAUGGAUAUCGAGUUGACUUAAGAGUCUUAGUGCCACCCUCUGAGGUUUUUAUUUUGGAUGCAAAAGGCGAUCGCAUUGAGAACGGCACCACAGUGGGACCGAUGCAGGAACGACAGUCAUUAAAGGCAACAUGCACUGUAAAAAACACACGGCCUCAGCCGGAAGUAGGAUGGUUCCGCGGAACGAAGCGACUGACAACGUAUUCACCGACCCAUAAUUUAAAUGACGGACUUUAUACCUCCACACUCGAGUUGGAUUGGACACUUUCGCGAGACGAUCUUGCUCAAGAUAUUGAAUGCCGCGUAAAUUCUGCAGCCAUAUUAAAUUCGAUUGUUUCAACUUUUGGCGUGGAUUUGCAAGUACGUCCAACGAGUAUUGAGAUCAAUGGCGUUGAACAUCAUACCGUGCAGGGCAGCAAAGUUGUUUUGACAUGUGAUAUUCACGGGGCUCGCCCAGCUGUUAACCUUACUUGGUAUAACUCAACAUCAAUCAUAAGUGCUGAUGAAAACGACCUAACAGAGAUUAGAAUAAAAGCGUUUGAAAAGAUUGAUGGAACCUAUCACACCCAAUCCGAAUUAAUUUUUAAUGCUACGCGCUUUGAAAAUGAUCGUGUUUUUCGCUGCGAAGCAGAAAAUAUUGUAUUGCAAAUCAAUAGAGAGAAACCAAUCUCAUCCGCCCUGACUUUAGAAGUCUUAUAUCCCCCUGUUGUGAAGGUUAGUCCACCCGAUAUGGUUACAAAUACAAGUGAAAUAGUUCUAUUAAAUUGUGAAUAUGUUGCCAAUCCUGCAUCUCUAAUCCAAGUUGAUUGGUAUCGCAAUGAUGAACUUCUCAAUGUUAACGACACGGAUCAUUAUCAAGGUGGCAAUUCAGAAAACGUAGCUCUAGUCAUUAAAUCUACAGAUAAAGACGACAUUGGAAAUUAUUCUUGUCAAUUAUCGAAUACUAUUGGAAAAGGAAUUUCUGAAGAGAAAAUUAAUCUUGACGUGCAGUUUGUUCCGAGUGUAGAAGUGCAAAUGAUACCAGCUGGCCCUGUUAAAGAAAGCGAUGAAUCAAAUGUCACACUUUACUGCAAUAUUUUGGAUGCUAAUCCGUCAGUCCUUACCAAAGUGAGGUGGUACGCUAACUCAACGUUACUUAAGGAGCUUCCAGACUGUGAAGAAACCAGGGAGGAUCUUUGUCAUAUAGAUCCAAGUAAACUAUUAUUGGAAAGUAUUGGACGUGGUUUUUUCUAUAACUAUUCUUGUGAAGGAUUUAAUGCAGCUGGUUGGGGUCCCCGCAGUGAAGACAAAGAGCUUAUUGUACACUAUGAGCCUGGGCCCGCUACCCUAACUCAUUUUCCUUUAAUCGCUGUUAAAAAGAAAAGUGUGAUAUUUUCAUGUUCAGUCGAUGAUCCCGGAUAUCCAGACUCGAACAGGUUUGUAGCGCAACAAGCCAAACACAUUCAAAAAAUCACCAAAACACAAUAUCCACCACUAAUUGAUUUUCAUACCGUCCAAGCAUUGCAACCACAGGAAGCCGACAUUGCUUUGGAAGCAUUCAUGCUGCAAAAGCAACAAGAAAGGCUCCGCUCUAAUGCUCCUUCACAUUCAUAUUCAAAAAAUGAAACAGCUAGCGCUUCCCACCAAGUUCACCAACUCAAAGAAACACAUGCUCUAAUUGAUUUUAGUUUAAAUCAAUCCCUUUGUACACUACUCACGCUCACAACCUACACGUCACAAUUGCAAAUUUUAACCCUUUACUCUGACGAACAUAAAAACUCAAUUUCAAAUGCCUCUGCCCUGUCAUAUUCAUUAUACCGCAAAAUGGGAAAAUUUUCCUUUGUUGCUCAACUGGUUUCAAAACCGAACAGAUAUCGUUGGCUUCGUGGAGGUCGGGGUCCUCUGCAGGACGUAGUAACCAAGGACUGGACAGUGGAGCCAGUUGGUCUAGACAGUCGGACCAAUUAUUCAUGCUACGCAUACAACGAGGGGGGCAAGGGCUUAAUGGCCACGGUCAAUUUGGAGGUACACGCACCGCCAUUUUUCAUAAAGAACCUCGCACCAUACACUGGCAUUCUGCACACCUCGUCUAAUGCCACUUUAACGUGUCGCAUUGAGUGCGUUCCACGUUGUGACAUACACUGGCAAAAAGAUGGUGUGCUAAUUGAGAGGAAUAAUAGCCGGUACUUCGUUAAAGAAAAGUAUAUGGAGGCAUCUCCCGCUACAGGCGAUUUUGAAAGCAUUUUAUCAGUUUUGCACUUCAAUAUGCCAAAUUGGCCACGUAACAAAUUUGAUAUCGACGCCGACAAUGCGAACUACUCAUGUACCUCAACCCCAAACACAGUGGGAGCCGGUAUCAAGAGUGCGACCUAUUUCAGUAUUGAAUAUUCACCAGAUAAUACGACCGUCUCAGAAAACAUUACCUUUGUGCAGGAAGACACCGUCCCAGGACGACUCAUAUGCAAAUCACGGGCUAAUCCAGAGCCAUCGUAUAAGUGGUUUUUUAAAAACGAAACAAUAGGCAAUGGAAAUGCAUUAAUUAUCAACACAGCCAUGAAGCGAAGUGAUAAUGGCACUUACACUUGUUUAGCUUAUAACAAGCAUGGGAGUAGCAGAGCAGAAACCGUGAUAAUAGUGCAAUUUACGCCGAACUGCGAAAUCGAGAGACGAGAAAUUGAUGGGCAGGACACUUUGAUUUGCACUGCCUUUGGAAACCCGGAGGAGGCUGACUUUUCAUGGUCAAUAAAAGCUGAGAACGAAACAGUUGAACUCUUGGGAAGUGGCGAUAAAAAGGAUUCUUUGGAUAAGAGUUAUUACAUAUUACAAGAGGGCUAUGCAAUUGCCAGAACAUACAGAUGUGUAGCCAACAACACGGUUGGUUCAGGAUCAUUCUGUGAAUUUGAAGUAGCUGUGCGUCCAAGAAAGCAACUGGCUUGGUGGCAAAUAUGGGAAAAGACUACACUCAUCGUACUAGUUGCGGCUAUACUUGGAUUGUUGCUGAUCGUCAUUAUCAUUUGUUGCAUUAUUAUAUGCGUGUGUCGUCGCCGCCGGCGCCAGGAUAAAUAUUUUACGGAAAUUUCAAUAAGUGCUACGCAAAGUGUGCUAUCUUAUGAGCCGGUAUCGCCUCAAAUGGGUGGGGCCCAACCUGUUCUAGAUACAUCUGCAGCGUCUACGGCCGAACCUCUGCCGCAGAACCAAGGAACGGAGGAACAAAGAAAAUGGUCAAGAGGCAAUCAGAAAUAUGAUACUUCUUUAACACGUCCCAAUGCGAAUCGCCUUCCUGGCAGCGUGCCUAAAUCGCCACCGCGCUGGCCGAUUCGACCUGGUGUAAUGCUGCACGUGAGCAACGAUACGAAGGAGAAUCUGACUGUUAAUCGUAUGGCAAUAAAACCGAAUUCCCUCGGAAAUGAAGGAAGAGGAGACCAGUUGCCGGCUCAAUGGGGUGCCGGGCUGAACGAGACCAAAAAUGCUUCGAAUAGUAGUCUUUUAGUAGUAUCUGAAAGCAGACAGGCUGGAUUAACUCCACCUGCGGUCCCCCAUCAACAGCUUGCAAGCUUGCCUCUAACAAAUGAAUCAGAAUCUGUACCAAAUGCACCAGUUCUUUUGGCGCAUUUAUCGUCCAAAGCCGCUGAGCCUUCCACCUAUAAUAAAGUGGAACGUAUUUUGGCAUUGGUUUUCAAGAGGGCGCGAAAACGAUCUAAAGAUUGUACUCGGGAUAGUCAGCGCAGCCAUGUGGGACUCUUGCAGUCGAUUUGGCGUAGUCGUGCAUAUGAAAAAAAUCCGUUGCCCGCUGGAGCUCACCAUCGUCUAAAGGGGAUACGGUGCAGUGGAAGUGUAACAUACAAAAAGGACCCAGAGAAAGAGGCUUGUAAUCAACGCAUCGCAAAAGCAGAGCUUGUAGCAGAAGCCCAUGUAGCGAUCAAUACAAGCAAUAUUCAAGAACAUGCUCGAUCAAAAUUUCAAGUCGCUUCAUCAUGCAAUCAGCCGAAAGAAGGAGAUCACGAAGCUGACAGAAGGGAAACUCUUUACAAGGAAGUAACGGAAAGAACCCCCAAUAUUGAUGCGUGUGAUAUUAAUGCUAGCGCCAUGCAGUUUAAUCAGUCAACUUAUUUAACUUCAUUAAGGAAUGCGAAACAAUUGACUCCGUUGAAAGGACAUCCUCCCAUUAGCAAUUUGCCUGAAACUGUUAAUGCCAGCUGCUUAAAUUGUUCUACUAGUUCAAAGUCGAUCCCACCCAUCAUCCUUAAAGAUGUACAAUUACACGACAAGUCGUCUUCACUGGGGGAACCAUUGACGGAACCUGGAGAGUAUGAGAAUCUGCCGUUUCAUGGUCUGCAAACGGCACCUAACAAGUUCUCCGCUACCCCUACAAGUUUUAAUAACAACACAAAUAUGGAGCACUUCGUUCCACGAUCCGAGAGACUCCAUGGAGAUAUUAGUAAGCUAUCUGUCCUCCAUCAGCAACCUCAACAGACACCUCAGCACCACUUCACAUACGCUCAUGCUUUCUCUGACCAUGAAGUUGAAAAAAAUUAUAGCUCGCAGUACAUCAUGCACCGCCUACCUACUACUUACCAAGAUAACCGAAGCUUUAAUGAGCCAGUUUCUGCACAUAAUGAACUACAAAAUGUAAGCAAUGUGUUCUCAAAGAAUAACCCUGAACAUUUCCAACGUGACCAACAUAAAAAUAAGAACACACAAAUAUCAGAUGAUGCCACACAAAAAAUCAACACCAACUCUUUGUCGGAUGUUCAAUUAUUAAAUGAUAGAGACCAGGAUUACCAGUCAACGUAUGCUACAGUGGAGCGGACUUCGCUACCACCUAACGUUCCGAAUACGUUGCUACUCAGCACUAAUCCUUUUUUGACUUCAAGUAAGAGUAAUAAUUACAACACAGUUGGAGAAGAUGAGUUAGAAGGCACAGCCCGCGGAAAAUUUAGCAAAACUACGUUAGCUAGGGACAACCAAUUUUACUCGUUGAAGUUAUCAAGCGCAACCAAGAUUAAGAAAAAGGCUUGCAAUGUAAACUGCUCCAUGGGAUUAACCACAUCUCCCAGCUCUUUAACUAAGUGCAAAAAGAAGCAUUCUCUUGCUGGCAAUAAACAUUGUCUUAUGGAAACAACUAGCCAACCCAUGCGUCAUUAUGAUUACGAGAAUGUGGCAAAUAAAACUACCUCAAGUCAGAAUGUAGUACAUAUGGACGGAGGGAGGAGCAAACUACAUUCCAUUUCGAACCUUGCAACUGUGGAACUGCAUGCGCAUCCUUAUGAUAAGGACAAUACUGCCGUCGUCCAAAAAAAAAAAAAACACCACCAUCGCUAUCACCAGAAAAAUGAUGCUCUAAGUGCGGAAAGCUGUGCGGAAUUUCCAUUGAUGGAGCCCGAGUGCAUCAGUAUUUAUAGAAGCGAUUCCGGAAUAUCCAACAGCUCCUAUGAGUCCCAAUUGCCUACGGCUUUGUCACAACAUCCACAAUCUAAAAUAACUAAAAACUCAUCCUCUGGCUCACUAUGUCGAAAACCAAUUAAAAGAAAUAUGGAGGCUCAAACUGGUAUAUUUCCUCAUGGUGACUUGGACCAGGAAAUCAAAUGGCCCAAAGAACCUGCCUUAACCAAAAGCCAACUUAAGGAUGUCGGCGAAAUACUUGCUUAUGAGCCGGCAUCGGUCCCCCGCAGUGCCACAAGUUACAACAGUAUUAGAAGCGACGUGACUGUCUUAGAAAAAAAAGAAUCCGUUGAAGCAGACAUGAGUACCCCAAAAGCUUCGGAUCAAUAUCAACUUGGCCACCAACUUAAACAUUCUGAAACCCCCUCUUCUGUUAGCGCAAAAAGUGCACUUGAAAUGACAACACCAGCAAAAUGCAGUGAAAUAUCUAAUCAUGAUAAGCAAAUCAAAUGGCUAGCUAAUAAUCCAUUUCUAGCAAAAAAUGGGAAAAGUAAUGACAGCGGAAAUAACAACAAAGGCAAUCUCCGAAGACAAACUAUCAGUGACCCAUACUUUCAUAUUAAACGACAGCCAUAUGGGGCACUUGCCCCAGAUAAUCCGACAAGAUUGUCAGAGGAAUGGCAAAUCAAGAACACCACGAGUAAUGCCACUAGUAAGAUCGCGGCCAGAUCCAAUGAAGAAAAUAAUGAACGGUUGCUAGAGCCCAGAAAAUGGCUUGUUGAGAAACCACGAUUAAAUUACGUGCCACACAAGGAAGACUUUCCGGCCCAGAUUCUUCCAGAGGUCCUGAAAGAACCGCUUGAAGGGGUGCACUACGACUAUUUAGUUUCAAGUCGGCCAAUUCGCUUGCCGUUGCGAAAACAUCACACCUUUCAUUUUCAAAACAGUCAAACAGCAAACGGUAAGCUACAUCAAUUACGGCAGCAACUACAGCAUCACCUUCGAGACAGAAUCAAGUUUGAACAGGAAAACGGUUUUUCAUAUUGCCCGCUGCAGCACGUCUUCAAACCAAUUUCCCCAAUACCAUCUGUGACAGCUUCUAUUGAGGAGUUCAAGACUAAAAAGAAAGGUGAAUUGUCUUCUUCUGAACAAGAAUAUGACCACUAUUCCAAAGAAGCGGAUGACGAUGAAGAUCCUGGUUACAGUUUUUGUGAGGAAGAAAGUAUUGUGGACAACGAUAACUAUCCCACCUUGGACAAUCUUAAAUCAUAUUCCUAAGCUCCACCCCUAACAAUGGGAAAUAUUUGAAAAAUAACAAUGCCACAGCAUGAUCUUUUUACAUUUUUUACCGCCCAAAGUUUUUAUUAAUCAAGCCUAAGCGAAGCAUACAAGGUAUUAUGUAUAAUAUAUGUUAUGUGUAUGUAUAUAAAAUAUAUAUAAUAGUUUAAAUGUAUAAU